AUGAAUCCACAUUCAGAACAGAUGAUGCGAGAUUUCAAGUUUGCAGGCGUCAUGAUGGAGUACCAGAGCUUGAGGACAAAUGCCGGCCUUGAAGCACGCAGACUUCCUUCACAAGUUCCCCAGUUCUUGCUGCUUGGUAACCAGUCAUCUGGCAAAACUACAAUCCUCCAGCGGAUGACGAAGCUACCUUUGGGGGUCACAGGAACAGUGCAAGGCACCUGCAGACCCUUCCAGUUUACAUUGAUACAUGAUCCCAACCAAGAAGGGCAUGUUAUCCAAGUGGACGGUGAGGAUGUGGCGAGAGAGAAUCUGCUGGAGAAGCUCCGAGCAAAGAAUUUUGAGUUUGGAGGCUUCAAUGCACGACGUGUCAACGUCACCAUUCGGUCCAAGCAUGUGACAUCUCUCAUCGUCGUGGACAUGCCUGGGCUGAGUGCCAGAAGUGAUGCACCCAGAGAAAUGGCCUUGGCAGAGCUGGAAGAUCCCAGUGCCAUACCCAUUCUUGUCUUGCCCAGCAACGAUCCUGGCUCAGCAGACCCAGCCCGUCAAGCGUUCGAUGCACUUCUCGAUGGACGUGAAACCCCGGCUGUGGCAAUCGUGAACAAAUUCGACGAGAAGAUUUGGGAGGCUGCGUCAGAGUUGGGAAGCGGUGCCAAGUGGAACCAGUGGGUUGAGAGCUGGCACAGACAAACUCCAGAACAGAUGAACAGGUACUCUGCGUGGUUUAUGGUGGGAGUUCCACCUGGUGAUCCCAAGGAGGACCUUGUCACUCGCCUGACGGAGUCGCACGCGAAAGAGGAGCUGCUGAUUCAGCAGUGGAGGCAGAGAUGUGGCCCUGAAGCCCUAUGGCCAGAGCCCAUCAAGUUUGGCCUCGCAAGCUUUGAGGAGUUUGUGCAUAAGCAGCAGGCGGAGAGAUUGUCGAGUUUUGUUGCCAAUGUGAGGCCCUUGCUUUUGGACCUUCAAGACAAAGAGCGGGCCCUGAUGCCUCGAAAGCACGAAGGCUAUGGGCGGCUGCUCAAGCAACUUGCCUUUGUCGUGACUGAAGGGCAGACCAUUUGGCAAGGACAGCUAGCUUCAGGACUUUUCUCACAACAAGUCAAGAAGACGCUGCAACAAGAGCUCGAUUGGCUCAAAUCCCAAAGCAUGAGCGACAGGGCUUUUUCCAUGAUGCACAUGUUAGAAACUGGAGAUUGGCAGCAGGCAGUUGGGCCAAGGGAUGCUCGCCAAGAGCCCCUGGACCCUUCCACAUUUCCUCCUGGGGCCAGUGGCUCCUCUGACCGACAGAUAUCUGCGGCCAGGUUGCGCAUGCAAACAUUGCAGUUUUGGCUGGUCGAUACAGUCUAUACCUCAGAAACCCACCUGUUGGGCCUGACUGCAUCGACUCGGUUCGCGGACUGCAUCGAAAGAUUUGCCUUCGUUUGUCUUUGGCUUCAUACGACUGCAAACUACGACCUUGAGUUCUUCAGGAAUUCUGCGAGCAACCAGCAACACCAAACGGCCAACAACGCCAUCAGAGAAUACAAGAAGGCAAUGUGUGCCCGUGUGUUCCGGCCCCUGGCCGAAUUGAUGAAGCUCAUGCUCCAGGAGCAGUUUGUCAGAAGUAUGGAUGCACCUUUUGACUCUGAGCAGAAGGAUCAGAGACCGUGGUUUCAAGAAAUGCAGAAGCAUCACAUGGACGUUGAGGAAAUUCGCAAGACCUACCGGCAAGAAGUUAAAGAUAUUGCAGAAAUGUGUGGCAAAGAAUUUGACAGAAUGAUGGGCAGUGAUAUCCAGACCCUUGAGAGCGCGCUGGUCCACGCCUUCUCUGACGAUGAGUCUGCCAAUUUCGUUAGGAGAAAUCAGGUCCUCGGUGAGUCUGCGAACUUCGUGCGGCGAGGUAGUGUGCAGUAUCAGUAUUCACCAGAAGCCCUGGGACGAAGGUUCCUGGCUACCUUCGUCAAACAGGUCAAGGAGACCAGCUCACAGCGUUUGGGAUCUCUGGGACAUGAAGCCGAGCAAGCCGUGACCUGCGGCGCCAUCACUAUGCCAGUAACAGCUAGUGCACAUGAAGUGGCAGACUACUUCCGGGCUUGUGAUGGUGUUGAGCCCUACGUCAUCAGCGAGCAAGGCUACCGCUGCAUCUCCGCAGCCCCGACUUGGAAUCAGCUCUUCGCUGGCCCAUCUCUUUCUCCCAGACCUGACUUCCGGCGGCUGCACUUGGUUUCCCCUCCAAUCAGCUCACGCGAGUUCUGUGAUGUUAAGAUGGAAAUCUUUGGCCACACCAACUACUUCUGGGGUCCCGUGUUGCCAUCCAAAGUGAACCACCUCUUCGAGAGGAAGAAGCCUUACUGUGGUGUUUUGCUGCUGGAAGCAGAGAGUCGCAACAUCAUCCAAGCUCAUGCGGCGACUCGGAAUUGGACUGAAGUCAGCUUCAAAAUCCCAGAAAGCCACACAGUUAAGUACUACCAGAUCCACAUUGUGGACUUUGAGCCUCGAGGCAUUGCCUGCAGACGGCUGGUUUGCAAGCCACGUCACCGUGAAUCUGUUGGUUAUGCCGUGGAUUUGUCCAGAGAACCUCGCUCUCCGCCUGCCCCAGCUUCUUCAGCUUCAGCCUUGGCUCCAAUGCUGCCACGCGAGAGCGGUUGCGAAAUUGUUCCGCAAUCAACUCCGCAAACACCGGGUGCAUUGGCUCAGAUCAUGCGCUCUGAAGUGGCCGUCAGUGUUGACAGCCACCCGCAGAAUGACCAUGAGGAGGCAAUGUUUCAUGAAUUGCACUCAAGGAUCACGUUGGAGAUGGCAUCGACCUUGAAGCAGUUUCACGCAGAUCUCCAUAAGAACAUCAGCAAGUUUCGUGAGGACAGCUAUGGUCGUGCUCCUUACUUCAUAGAUGGGCUCGGGCGCUCUCUUAAAGGCCUCCAAGAGGAUCAAGAACAAGAGAACCGGUUGACCGUAGCUCAGAUUUGUUACCGCCUGAUGUUGAUUGAUCGGGCAUUUUCCCUUGUUGAGACUGGCGCUGCGGCCUAA